AUGCCAUAUGUUGGUAAGAUUUCGCAUUGGGAUUUCGUUGAUUUAAGACACGUGUAUCAAAAUGGAUUUAUUUUUUUCAUUUUGACCAGCUAAACCCACAACAAUCUGAAUUAUUUAAAUGGAAGAAAUACAUAUUAAAAUGCAGAUGGUAUUGACAACAACACAAGUUGAUAAAGAUCUUUAAUGUAAUUUAAAAACUUCAUUAAUAAUUCACGAGGAAAAUACAAAAGAAAUAAAUGUUUAAUCAAUGUCUGUAAAUCGGAUAAAGAUUUGUCCUGAUUUACAUAAAUUUCAGCUUUGAUUUUCUCGGCAUAUAGACAAUGUUUAUUUUUAAAAUUUCUUCGCCAAUGAACUCAUAAGAUGGGUCAUUUGCAUCCGAUCUGUAUCUGAUAUACAAACUCUCGCCUUCGGCUCGAGUUUGUAUACCGGACACAGAUCGGCUGCUCAUGUUUUAUCUACAGUAAAUAAACUAACACAACAACUACAAGUGCAUAUUGACUGUUGUACUCUUGAUGACUGAUGGGCAAAGCUUCAAAACAGGGCAGCAAGGGUUAUUACAGGUGAUACUUAUAAUAUACGUUCAAAAGAUAUUUUAAAAAAGUUGAAUUGGAAAAACCUAUCCGUAAAAAGAAAAGAAAAAGCAAGUGCGUAUGCUUCAAAAGCUAUUACCGGAAAUUGCCCGAAAAAUAUAGCUGAAAAGUUUAAAACAUCAAAUUCUGAAAGAUAUGAUUUAAGAAGCAAUUAUAAAUUUUUAGCACUGCCAAAACCGAAAACAAAUUCUAUGGUUCGCACCUUUGGAUAUGCUGCUGCUAAAAUUUGGAACGAAAGGAAUAAAUUAGAGUGAAUGUAUCUCUAUCUCUGUAUUUUUCUUUAUUUUCUUUUUAAUAUUGUAAAUAACUGGUAUACUUAUUGACACACGGCCUAAUGAAAAGCAACCAUUUUAAUAUUUAUAUAUAUAUAUAUAUAUAUAUAUAUAUAUAUAUAUAUAUAUAUAUAUAUAUAUAUAUAUAUAUAUAUAUAUAUAUAUAUACAUACAUAUAUAUACAGCUAAUUCAAAAAAGGUUGUCCUUUGCAAACCUUAAUCUCUAAACCUUAAACCUUAAACUCUAAGCGCGCAAAGCAUAAUGGGAGUACUGAUUUCAAGCUUUGUAGUUGAAUAAUGCAGCUGUUUGUGAGUGAAAUGUUUUCGCAGGCACAUAUUUACCAUGUCUCUAAGAAAUGGGCUCCAUGUAUGUUUUCUAAACUGCUUAAAUAGUGCUCCCAUUACGCUUUGCGCGCUUAGAGUUUAUAAGGUUUAAGGUUUUAGAGUUUAAGGUUUGCAAAGGACAACCUUUAUUGAAUUAGCUAUAUAUAUAUAUAUAUAUAUAUAUAUAUAUAUAUAUAUAUAUAUAUAUAUAUAUAUAUAUAUAUAUAUAUAUAUAUAUAUAUAUAUAUAUAUAUAUAUAUAUAUAGGUUAUCAUAUAAGGGAUGAGGUGAUAUCAGUUUUAUCGCUCGAGGGAUGAUAUCACAAUUGUCACGAGCGAGCGCAGCGAGCGAGGGACAAUUGUGAUAUCGUCCCGAGAGCGAUAAAACUGAUAUCACCGAAUCCCGAGUACGAUAACCUAUUUAUUAUAUACUUGUACCUUUAUCAGGGUUUGACACCCAAAGUAAACAGUUUUGAUUUUUGAAAAAAUAGGAUCAUUUUAGAAUUCAAAACAAUUCAUCAUUUACUGAACAAAUAUGAUUUUAGAAAAUAAAUAGACCAUUCAUAUAGAUAAUAUACAAUUUAAGUCUUUCAUUUUGUAUUAUCGUUCUUGUUUUCUUCGAUAAACUCUCGACAUCAACCAACACGAACCUCGAAUCGGCCAUCUUUGUUUUGACAAGGCGCGAAAUUUAGCGGGACAAAAAACGAUAUCCGGGACGAUAUCGUUUUUAUGUCCCGCUGCUUCCUACCUGAUAAAGGUACAAGUAUGUGAUAAAUAUAUAUAUAUAUAUAUAUAUAUAUAUAUAUAUAUAUAUAUAUAUAUAUAUAUAUAUAUAUAAUUCUUUAAUCUUAAAAUAUAUUUAAGAUAUAAGAAUUAUUAAUUAUUAUUAUUAUAUUUUAAGAUUAAAGAAUUAUUUAAGCUCUAUCGUAUAUUGGUAUUGAGCACUCUUCGUUCAAAUACGGACAACAAGAAUUAAUUAUAUAUAUAUAUAUAUAUAUAUAUAUAUAUAUAUAUAUAUAUAUAUAUAUAUAUAUAUAUAUAUAUAUAUAUAUAUAUAUAUAUAUGCGCAGAACGGACUUUACCGCAUCUUUAAAUUAAAUAUAUAUAAUUUCGGCACUGCUUGCAGAGUGCGAAACAAAAACAAUAGAAUUUAAAGGGACUGAAACUAAGUCGUUCAAAAAUUUAGCUUCACUUUUUGGAUUCGAGUUCUCGCUCAAAGAGCUGAAAUUGGCACGCAUGCCUGCAUGGUAUCACUCUUUGUCGGUAUAAACCUAUUGUCGUGUUUUAUAAGAUAUAAGCCCUCCUUGUGGUAUGGCGCGAAACUAUCUCUAACUAUUCCUGCAUUUAUAUACUGUAUCCAAUGUAAUGUCUCCCUCUCCACUGUGGAAGUCAGCUCGGUUGACAGGGUUAGCGUGGGUAUAUAAAGUUUUUCUAUCUGUCUUCUAUCUAUCUUGUAUGCAUGAAGACAUAUAUACGGACGCAUUUGGUUUCCUGGAAACAAUGACAAAAAUUAUUUUCCUGGAAAUAGAAUUGAUAUGUUACUUCAUAUAUAUAUAUAUAUAUAUAUAUAUAUAUAUAUAUAUAUAUAUAUAUAUAUAUAUAUAUAUAUAUAUAUAUAUAUAUAUAUAUAUAUGAAGUAAACAUUGUUGCACAAGCUUGUAUUCAAAAAAUAUCUGAACUCCCAACGACGGGAAUCGAACCCUUGUCUCCCGAUUGCCGGUUCGGUUGUUUUACCACUAGACUAUAGGGUUUCAGACAGCAAUGCGAUGUUAACUAGAGACCUGGUUCCUACCGUUUAUAUGCGUCCUUUGUACUUAAGGUUACAGAACACCUUUGAGUGUUAAUUUUGCCUAAAAUUUUUUUAUUGGUUUCAAUGAAAGCAGUAGACUAGUUCUACUAUCUCACCAAGUUUGAACAAAAAAUGUUGAAAACUCGCGGAGUUAUUUAGUAAAAUACAUUUCGCUGCAAUAAGAAAAACAUUGAAAAUGUAAUAUUCAAAUUCAAUUUUCUCCCGAAAAAUUUUACGGUAAUUACUGAUUUUCAAACGAGUUGUGCUCCUGCGGGUUUUAACCAAUUUUUCUCAAAUUUUCACAGGACAUAGCUAAAUACGUCUGUUUCAAAAUUGUGUUCGGCUUUUUUAAAUUUUGCAUAUUUUAAAAAUAAAGAGCAAUUCACUCAAACAAUUCAGAAAUAUAUUGCAGUCGUCAAAGAAAUCGCCAUAUCAACGGAAUGACGAAAUAAACAAAAAUUUCCGAACACAAUUUUUAGAACAACUAUUUUACUGUAUAAAAAUGAUAUUUUCAUAAAUAUAACUUAAAACCAACAGGAGCACAACUCAAAAGCGUAACGGUACCGCGAUUUAAGAUUUUCCUGAAUAAUUCUUACAUUAUUUUAUUGUUUGUUAAUUUUAAAACUUUACCAUAUUUUGCAUGCACUGGAGAACAUUUGGUGAAAAUUUGAUAAAAAUCGGACUUAUAUUAAGCGCGCAGUAGCGAUUUUCCGCAAAACGCCAAAGAGGGUGUCCUGUAACCUUAAAGGCUCGUCAUACUAUUUUGUAAUGCGAUAUUGUUGUGUUUGUGUGUUCAUAUACUAACACUAGUACAUGUUGUAAGCUUGGAUAUAUGUGAAGUAAAGAUUGUUGCUCAAGCUUGUAUUCAGAAAAUAUCUGAACUCCCAACUGGAAUCGAACCCGUGUUUCCCGAUUGCCGGUUCGGUUGUUUUACCACUAGACUAUAGGGUUUCAGACAGCAAUGCGAUGUUAACUAGAGACCUGGUUCCUACCGUUUAUAUGCGUCCUUUGUACUUAAAGGCUCGUCAUACUAUUUUGUAAUGCGAUAUUGUUGUGUUUGUGUGUUCAUAUACUAACACUAGUACAUGUUGUAAGCUUGGAUAUAUUAUGUGAAGUAAAGAUUGUUGCUCAAGCUUGUACUCAGAAAAUAUCUGAACUCCCACUGGGAAUCGAACCAGUGUCUCCCGAUUGCCGGUUCGGUUGUUUUACCGCUAGCCUAUAGGGUUUCAGACAGCAAUGUGAUGUUAACUAGAGACCUGGUUUCUACUGUUUAUAUGCGUCUAUAAAAAUGAAAUGGACGCACUGUCUGUUUGUAACUAUUUUCUACGUACUUUAAAAUCUAUAACAAGCAUUAUUUUCUAUUGCAAUUUUCUUUCACGGUUGUGGCGGGCCUCUUCCUUAUAAUUAUUAAAAAAACUUUCCAUUUAUAUAGAUCUGGCUCAUAUUUUCAAAGGUGAUUUAUCCAACAAGGAUACUUGGGAAUUUGACUUUAGUGAAGUUUCAAGACGAAAAUUUGGGCGACGUUAUAUUGAACAAACGAGUUUUGAUCCUCAAGCCAGAAAUGCAGAUAUGUUUAAUCCUGUGAGAGUUGCUGAGGAUGGUCUGGUACUGUUUGAAGAUUUUGGACCUGGCAUUUGUGAGCGAGUCCUAAUUCUUCACCGAUUGGAUUUGAAAAACAUGGAUUACGUUACAUUUGAG